ACUUGUUAUCGAUUUGAUUACAUUCAUUACUUGACUCAAUCACAAAAAAUAUGGCGUCUGCAACCUUGAAAGAAUAUGCUGUGAGCUAUUUUUUGCCUUUCUACCUCUAUGUCCUGACUGCCUACUGUGAGUUAAUUCCAUACUCCACUUAAGUUUCACUCCAAUUGCUUUUUGGGGUGUUAACUACAACUCCAACCCUCCAGUUCCGCAGCAACUUCUAACAUACAGCCACUAAAUACACACAGAUUUCCUCCUCGUUCUCCUCCGUACCCUCCUCCACAACCCCUCUCGCGCCCUCCCUCUUUCCAACAUAGCCUCGCAAUCCUUCGGCGAAGCAUGGGCCGCCAUCGACGAAGGCGAUCCCUACUCCGGUCCACUUGCCAACAUUCUCCCCGUCCUCUCUACUGCCUCCGGUACAAUACUCGAAGUUGGUCCUGGCUCAGGCGAACAAGUGCGAUUUCUUACAAAUGAACAUGUGGAGAUGGUUUAUGGAGUAGAACCAUGCGAGGUUUUACAUGAGCCAUUAGAGAAGGCGGUGCGGGAGGCAGGGUUGCAGGGAAAAUAUAAGGUCUUGGGAUGUGGAGCUGAGAGGGAGAGUUUGAGUGAGGAGUUGAAGAAUGUGGGCUUGUUGAAGGACGACAAGAAGGGAGGGGUGUCGGGGGAGAUUUUCGAUACGAUUAUUGUUAUCAGGGUUUUAUGCUCUGUGAAUAAUCCGAUGGAUACCAUUGAUUUCUUAUACAAGUUGCUGAAGCCUGGCGGUAGACUAAUCGUCUUUGAACAUAUUAAAAAUCCCUGGUGGCAAGGUACUGGUAGUUUGGUGGCUAGAUGCACGCAGAUUCUGUAUCAAUUGGCUGGCUGGAGCUUCUUCAUGGGCAAUUGCCAUUUGGAUCGAAGGACGGAUGAGUACUUGAAAGCAGCGGGAGAGCAAUAUGGGGGUUGGGAAAAGGUAGAACUGAAGACCGUUGGAGGGUUUGCUGUGAUUCCAUUUGUGUCUGGGGAGUUGGUUAAGAAGAGAUAAUGGCAUAAUGUUGAGCUGUUAUUGCUCAGUUACUGGUCUGUAAGGAGGACAAACGAGACCACUACAUUUUGAGCUGAGUGUAGCAGACAGAUGAAAAUAAUGGGUGUACGCCCUACAAAGGGGCAUAACAAACACUGUAAUAUCAAAUCUUUGCUCCGUGAUGUUUCAUUGUAAGUAGAAAACCUGGGAGUAUAAUCACAAUAGCCAAUCUCGGCCACAACUAUCAUGAAGCAUAUUCAAUAUACGAAAUGAGGAUAGCAGAGAUUUUCUAUUCAAAUCAUACUAACUCAUAAUAUUUAGAACAUCCAGAUGAAUUUGCUUUUAUAUACAUCUCUUCUCGCAUCCCAUUAUUCUCCAGCGUCAGUUACGGAAGCUCGCCCGCAACCAUUCAUUCCAUUUAACUCUCUUCUCCUCUGGCAUGAUCAAAGUACCACGAUAUUUCGAUAUGACUCUGAAGAUACUCUAAAGAGAUAUAAGAAA